CAUAGGAGUGAAGCUGAGCAGAGGGAGCAGCAGAAGAAACCUGGAUCUGACAUCGAUACAGACACUGACAGAGGUCAAGUAAAGAGAGUUAAUCUGUGCAACUAACAGAUUUAUCAAGAAGGAAAAACUUCAACUGGAGUCUGGACAGAGGAAUUGUUCAGUUUCUCUUCGCUGCUUCAAAGCCGAGACAGGCGAAAACAAUUGUACAACAGCAUCCACAGCCGGCUCAGCACUGUGGUCUGGGGGCAGUCAUGGCAGGAAACACCGGUUGCGAGUUUGAAAUCGACGUGGAGAGUCUCGCUGAUAGCGACUCCUACAGUCGGCCGGACUCGGUUCCGCUCGGCGCUGCCGCCUCAGAGGACGAGGGUGACGAGCACAAGGGCGACGACAAGCCCGCUUCCGGAGGCCUGUGUCCCGGGGACCAGAGGAAGCGGAGCCGGACCCCGAAGUGCGCCCGCUGCCGCAACCACGGGGUGGUGUCAUGCCUGAAGGGCCACAAGCGCUUCUGCCGCUGGAGGGACUGUCAGUGCGCCAACUGCCUGCUGGUGGUGGAGAGGCAGCGGGUGAUGGCGGCGCAGGUGGCGCUGAGGAGGCAACAAGCUACCGAGGAUAAGAAGGGAAUAUCAGGUAAACAGAUUCCAGCAGAGAGGAGAACGAUAUAUCAGAGACACAUCCGUCCGUCCACCAUGCUGGCCAAGAGCAUCCUGGAAGGAUAUCGCCCGGUCCAGUCUGAUCCAUUCCUGGCCGCCAACCCAUCUCUCCCGCCACCUCUGAGCGACCGCAUGAGGAAGAGGAGAGCCUUCGCCGACAAGGAGCUGGAGACCAUCAUGUUAGAGCGGGAGUACAAGGAACGGGAGCUGAUGGAGAACAGCCAGACGGCCACGGCUUCCCUCAUCUUCCCCAACAGCAUGGUCCACCACGCGGCCGAGUACAACUCCUACAAGACGGGCUACUCGCCCGCAGCUCAGGUGGAGCCGCAGCCCAAAGAGCUGUGCGGCUUCAUCGGGCCCAACUGCCUGGACCUGUCCAUGCAGUAUCCAGCCGGCUCGGCCAACGUGGAGCUCAUCUCCUCCAACGUCAGCGUGGCUACCACGCACCGCCACUACCCGCCGCAGCCGCACCUCCCCCUGAUGUGGCCCCGCGGUGCAGCCAACCUGGGUGACGCCCUGCUGUAUCAGCAGUGUCUGUUCAACGCCACGGCCGUGCAGAACAUGAAGCCUGGAGCUGUGUGGGAGCCCAAAGUCAUGCCCGUGGAGAGCCAGCUCCCAGAGCAGGAGGCUGUGGCUGCCCUGACGGCGAAACUGGAAGGCUCCCGGGCUGCCGGGCUGCAGGACUCAUCCCAGCAGCCUGACCCUAAAACCCUCGCCCACGGGGGGCAGAGGGAGUGCUCCGCGUUCUCUCCUCCGAAGAGAAGCUUCGGACAACCCUUCCCCACCAACGCUAAUUCCCCAAACUCCAUCCACGUCUUGAACAAAUUUAACAAGGACAGUGCUAAGCUUUCCAUGAAACUCAACUCCUUUCAGUCCCGGGCAGAGCUCAGGCCUCCGCACUGCAAAGAGCUCAUAGAGGAGGCAGCACGCAAGUUCAGGGAAGGUUCCAUCAAAGACGUCCAGGCGGUGAAAAUAACCGACAGGUACGCCAAAGACUUUCUGACCAAACCCGUGGGGACCAAGAUGGCCUCCAGCGAGUCUCUGUCCUUCUCUGUGGAGGCUAUACUGAAAAGACCUGCUCCUGCCAUGAGUCGAGCAUUCCAUUAGUUUCAGUGUCCGUUCUGUUCUUGCACUGCUAACUGGCAGGUCGGUCUCAGACACAGGACUUUGUUGUUUCAGGUUUUCGGGGUCAAACAAAGACUUAAAGACACAGGCACUGCAUCCAAAAAUAGAAAAGCUGGAAUUUUUU